AUGGCGGUCGGAUGCCAUGAAGCUGUGCUGUCCACGCUUCCCGAUGGGCGUGUGGAUGUCCCUGGGACUGAAGUCAGAAAGUCCGAAAGUCCAUCGCGGCGCUGGCAUGCGGCGACCUUACUUCUGAGGACCUUCUUCCUCAACUUCUUCGCUUCAUUCUCCUACCACGUGAUGGCAGUUCUGCUGGUGAUGUAUGCCACCGACGAGUUCGGCUUCAGCGACAAGGAAGCUGGCACCUUGUACGGAUGGUGGGGCAUCCUGUCCUCCUUGUGGACAGGCCUUGGCGGGAUGUUCGCCAUUGAUGCAGUGGGCUCGAAGAGGAUGGCUGUCUUUGCCACGGCCGCCAUGUUCGCGACCCGCGCGAUGCUGGUGCUGGCCCAAAGCCCCGACACCUUCCAGUUGGCUCUGCUCCUGUUGUCGCCAGUGGCAGAGGGGCUCCUGCUGCCGGUGUUUCUGGUGGCCCUGAAGAGGCUCACCGAAGAGGAGGAUCGACCGAUGGCCUUCAGCCUCAACUACGCGAUGCACAAUGCAGGCGGUGGCAUCGCUGACCUUGUCAUCGACAUCUUUCGGUCCUGGCAGCACCUCGAUCCCGCCGGCUUCACGGACCUGUUUGGCCGCUUUUCCACCCCGGCGAGGGCCUGCUUCCUCCUCUCAGAGGCCGCCUUGCUGGCCAGCUGCUUCCUGGCGUGCCUCCUGCCGUCGGAGCUGGCGCCUCCUUUGUCCUGCUGCGCGGGCAGCCACCUGAAGUUCCAGGACGAGGACGAGGAGGGCUCACCUCGUACGCUGGCGCCUGCUAACGGCGCCAAAGCGUCUCCAGUUCGUGUCGCUCUCAAGGAGGCCGCGGAACUGAUGCAAGAUCGUGGGCUCUGGUUCAUCGCGGCUUGCUCCACGGCACUGGUCGGCGUGAAGGCACAGUGGCACCACAUGAACGCAACGAUGCCAAAGUACCUGGUCAGGGAGCUCGGCGAAGACGUGCCCUGGGGAUCCGUGAAUAGCAUCAACUACUGGAUGUGUGCCUGCCUGCCGCCCCUCGUCACCAUGGCCACAGCCAAGUGGAGGAACUUCUCGGCCAUCCUCUUUGGAAGCGUCGUGAUGUCCUUAUCCCCGGCGUUCAUGAUCUUCGAGGUUUCCGUGCGUGCCACCUGCGCCUGGCUCGUCACGAUGAGCAUUGGAGAGGUGAUCUGGAGCCCGCGCUUCAACACCUUCUCGGCGAACUUAUCUCCAGACGGCAAGGAGGGUGCCUUCAUGGUCCUCGCGUUCACCCCGCAGUUCUUGGCCGCACUGCCCACUGGCUGGAUGUCGGGCAUCCUGCUGGCAAACUACUGCCCGGACUGCCCGAGCUGUCGCGAGUCUGGCACGGGCGCCUUCUGUCGCUACGAGUGCAAGGAUCCGGGUGCUCCGGUGCCUUGCAACGGGACGGCGCCAGGCCUUUCCUGCUCCUCGCACCGGACGCUGUGCGCGAGCCCCGGAGAAGCCGGGUGCCCGAGCAGCUGCCGGGGAUGUGAAGGCUGGCCGGAGCUGGCGAAUGGACCUGCCUUGUGGGCCUGGGUCACCGUAGCGUCGAUUCUGGGGCCGGUUUUCCUACUUCUGCUGAAGAAAAUGUCGCUGGAGAUCUCUGCCUCCGCCAAAGAGCGCAUCUAUGCCGCAGCGGAGCGUGAUGGUGACGGGAGUGAUGUUGAGGACUUGGCGAACAAGCCGUCGGCCACUGUGCUGGGGGCAGCGAGCCCCGAGAGCGAGGCGCAUCGCCUACUUGUUGCCAAUAAGAGUCGUGGUCGAAUGCUGACGUCCUGCGUUGCGCCUGACGCCAAGGCCUACCUGACGGUGGGCGGCACAACCUUCGUGGAUGCCACCAACGGAGCUGAGCCGACCACCACCAGCUUCACAGUCUCAGGCCUCACCCUGGGCUACUACUACCGCAUCCAGGUGGCGGCUGCCAACCGAGCCCUGGACACCAAUGCCCUCACAGACUUGGUGCCAAACUACGUCGAGGCCUCCUUCUAUGCUGCGGCCGCGCCGGAUCCGCCAGGUGCGCCGACAGUGGUGGCUUCCACGCGCACGAACACGGGGCUCCAAGUGUCCUGGACUCCACCCGCCAGCUCUGGCGGAAUUCCUGUGCUGGGCUACAAGCUUUACAGGGACAAUGGUGCCAAUGACCCCAUCGACAUCCUCCUGUGGAACGGCUAUGGACAGCCGGACGUGCUGUCCUUCACCGUCACGGGUCUGUCAGGCGGGCUGCUGUACCGCUUUGCUGCCACAGCGAUGAACUCUGCCGGCGAGUCCCUGCAGUGCCCCGUCUGA